GUCGCUAGCAUUACUAAAAACGUUCAUGUUUGAUCACUAGAAAUAUUUAAUUCCAUUAGUGGUCACUAAGAUUAUUUAAACAGUUCAAGUUUGGUCACUCUCCGUUAGUCUUCUUUCAACUCCGUUAAUUGACUCCGUUAAGUACGGAUAUGGCAAACAGAAGUGCUCUAUUGGACUAACAGAAAUGCCACAUCACCUGCCACGUUAUUAAAACUUGCCAUGUCAAAUUCUCCCAACCCAAACCUUAAACCGGCUCGAUCUACAAACUGACCCUAGCACAAAAGAUCAAAACAACUUUCACUUUCGCCCAAUCCCCUCUUUCUACCCACUCUCUCUUCUGUUCUUCAUCCGCAAAUAAGGAAUCGCCACAAAAAAAUUGACUCGUACUCUCUUCUGUUCUUCGUUGAGAAGCAGAGGAGUUGCCACCCAAUUUCCUCUUUCUACCCACUCUAUCUUAUGUCCUCCAAGAAGCUUUCUAUUUGUACCCAGAAAAUUCAACCAUCAAGAAGAUUAACAGAAUCUCCACCAAUCGCCAGAAACCCAAAAAAGAAUCAGUACAAAUCGACCCAACAAAUAUGGAAUAUUUGAGUCGGCGAGCGCGGGAAUGAUGAAUGCUUCUUGCUUUGGUUUCAUCUGUGUUUCAAAGGAAGACAGACAGAGAGAUCGAGACAGAAGUUUUGGGCUCUCCCUUCAUGAAACCCAGAUCUGCCAGAAGAAAGGAAGAAGAUGUUGCUGGAGGUAAAUGUUGACAACGGCGAUUGGGAUCUUCAGAGGUUGUUAGAGAUUGGGAGUAGCUUGACCGAACCUUCGCCACCGCUGCCAUUUCUCUUUACUCCAAUCGACCUGGACCCAAAUAUAUCAACCCACCAAGAUGAGCUCGACCUUCUUCUUUCACUUCAGGCUAACCUGCAAAUUCCUCAUCCGGUUCCCUAUGGCUUCUAUCCGACGAGGAAGGUUCGCCCAGGUGAAGAAGAGAGGCAAAAAGGCGUCGGAGCACGAUGAAGAAGAAGGAGGAGGAGGAACUGGGACAAGGGGGUGGUGUGGUUGGCUCCGUCCCUCCCUGGUCUACGAUGAGUUUGAUGAAAAUGGAAGAGGAACAGACAAGGGAUCAGGAGGAAGGAGAAAAAAGAACUGAAAAUGGCGCAUUUAUUCUAAUCUAUUUAUCAUUUUAGGGUUUUAAGUUUUCAUGGUUGGGUUGGGUUGGGUUCAUGGACCGGGUUGGGGAAGCUGACGUGGUGGGUUUAGUGAUAUGGCGGGUUGGGUUUCAUUAUUUUCGGUCCAUAAAUAUGCUGAUUAGGCGCUUUCGUUUGCCACAUAAGCACUUAAUGGAGUCAAUUAACGGAGUUGGACGGAGACUAACAGAGAGUGACCAAACUUGAACUGAUUAUUUAUAAUCUUAGUGACCACUAAUGGAAUUAAAUAUUUCUAGUGACCAAACAUGAACGUUUUUAAUAAUCUCAAUGACCAAACUUGUAAUUUACCCUAUAAAAUAGACUAGUUGGUAAAACACUAGUCCCUAUCAAUAAUUAUGAUUCAAAUAUGUGGAUUGUAAAUUUUUCAGUUCCUCUCAAUUAGAUUUCUGAUAUAAUACACAAUGUCGUCAUCCAAACUAAUAUAGUACAAAAAUAUUAUGAAAUACCAUGUCAAUUGAUUUCACAUUUAAAUUGGUCAUUUUUGGCAAUACCAGAAGGGUUUGAUAGAAUUUAAAUGUAAUAAUGCUAGUUAAAUAUGUUACAUUAAGGUGCAUUUGGAUUAGAGGAUUUGGAUUCGGGAUUUGUGAUUUCAAAUACUAAAUAAUUUGUUUGGAUACUAACCAUAUCUGGUUUUUGAAUUUGUACCAAAUACAUGAUGUGAAUUUGAAAUACAUAUAUAGUGCAUACUUGUGAAUUUUAAAUACAUAUAUGUUACAUUAAGGUGCAUUUGGAUUAGAGGAUUUGGAUUCGGGAUUUGUAAUUUCAAAUACUAAAUAAUUUGUUUGGAUACUAACCAUAUUUGGUUUUUGAAUUUGUACCAAAUACAAGAUGUGAAUUUGAAAUACAUAUAUAGUGCAUGCUUGUGAAUUUUAAAUACAUAUCAAGAACUAGUGAUUUGAAAUUCCUUUUAACAAUAGCUAGAUAGUAAAAUCUUAGACUAAUUAAUGUGAGUUCUCGUUUUGACCUAAUUAGAUGGUCAAUAAAUUAGGUCAAGAAUAAAGCAAUCAACUACUCAAUUGAAGCAAUAUAUUGACAUAAUUAAACAUCAAAUAUUCAUAACAAGAGAUUAGGGUUCAUACAUAGUCAUUCCAUUCCUAAACAAUCAACUACGUGAGCUAGGGUUCAACCUACACAAAUACAAAUGGGUUUUAGCCCAUCAAUGGUAGAACUUGAUGUCCUAGAAUGAUACUAGUUCUCUAUGAAGAAACACAGAGCAGGGAUUGACAAAUCUUGUGGGGGGAAUGGCUAGGUAGCAUAUGUUUGUGGAACGAUUCAACUGAUGGUCACAAAAUACCCUGAAAUCCAGUUUAGGGAAGGUGGUAGCGCAGCUAUGAAUCGUUAGUAGAAUGAUGAGACUUACUAUUUAGGUUCGUAAUGGAGGAGAUUGGACGUUUGAAGGUUUUGAUGGUAAGCUUUGGAGGGUGCAUUUGGGUUUGCGGUUAGUAGGCCGAGACAGUCAAUUGGGCAUGGUAUCUAUGCAAGCGGAUUUCACUUCCGCAUUAAGCAAACUGUCAGGAAACAUCUUUCCUAGAUUACCCCCUGAUAAUUUUUAUGGAUGCAAGAAAUUUGAAAUGAAAGACACACUUUUACCAUUUCACCUUUAUAUAUGUGUAGAUGUUACUGUGCAUUCUUCUAAGGUUUGAUAAUUCAAUGCAUGAUGGGAGAAACAAUAACUUCCUCUAUAACUCUACAACUACAACCUCACAUGAUUAUCUAUUCUAAUGGGAAGUUGUGUACUUCAUGACAUUGCAUAUAUAGUGACGUGAAGGCCACCACUUUGAUGAACACAACUGCAUCGGGAAGCAAAUCCUAGAAGACAUUGGUCAUGAUGUCCCACUAGAACACAUUAACUAGAGGUACCCUAUUAGGAAGAAUGAAGUGGAAAAUGUGUU